AUGAGCAACCUGUUCUUCAGGUGCAUCACCCCGGAGCGUCUCGAGCGGCACAGCGUGUCCAUCGACGACUUACCGCUCCGGAGAGCGACCAGUGAAGGACACCUUGACCGGCGUCAUGAGUGGGAAGCUGCGAUAAAACAUGAGUCAAUUGGAGGCAGAGUGGCUGGUCAGUCUCGACGGUCGACAGGCAGGUUCGAAGCGGAGUUCAGCUCCCGCCUCACCCACCAACUCGAUGUCGUCACGAGAGCCCACGAAAGGAAGAGGAAAGUCACGUCAAAGUCGACCCCUAAGAUCACAAAACUCGAGCCACAAGAAGACGUUAGUGCGGGCAGAAGCAGUGCCCGCAAGAACGGCGCUGGGCGAGCGCGCAAGAAGACCGUCGACGGGCGGCUUGACGAUCCCAGGCAGACUGCAGUCUCACAAGGCGAUCGCAGCAAACCAAAUUCAGCUAAAAAGUCAGACCCUGGUUCACCAAAGCCUUCCUCAGCACACGCCAGACCCGACGCGACCCUGGGUCCCGAUGACCUCUGGAUUGACCCCAAGGACUUUCUCUCAUCGGAGCACGUGAGCCCCGAUAUGGCAGAUGAGCUCACUAAACUCAAAGAAGAAUUUGAGAUCGAAACAUCAUCUCUUCAAGCGACGGGGGCUGGCAAAGCUGCCGAUAAAACUGACCUAGCAUUCUGGCUGUCGCUGCCGCGCUGUGCAUCGCACAGACACGCCGUCUGCACGCUGCCUGUGCAGCUUCAUAGGCUCGAAGGUAUGACGCCGUUGAGUUACUUGGAAACGCAUCUGCAAGUCAGCCACGACCGAUCACUUCUUUUCGGAAAAGUGUUCGCCAAGUUCAAGGAUUCAGAGACAGGCCUCCUCUCAGGAUCGCUCAGCCUAGGUCGAGCUUUGAGUCUCGCUCUGGGUGGAGACAUGCUAGAAUCAAGGCUCGAUAGCUUGCUACAAAUAGUGCCCCCUCCAUUAGACACUUUCGGUAACUACGCACCCCGACAAUUCAUCGUUCUCGCCGCCAUCGCGGAAAGAUUAUUCGCUGAAGAAUUGCGACCCGCUGAACUGGAGGUGCAAACCAGGGAUCUGGUCGAGCAGUUGGAUUUCCACCAAAUCCAAGAUCGUCUGAGAAUCCUUACAGAUCUGCAGCCGCCGCUCAGAAAUUUACUGAUCAUAAUACGUGAUCUUGGAAACAAUUCAUCGACUGAAGAGCGCUGCUUAUAACGAACAGAAACACUGUUGUUUUAGUUUCUAUGAUCUCGUGUUAUUAUUGUUGAAUUUGGAAAUCGCGGUUGCCAUACUACUCACUUAAAAAUAAAUUUUAGCAUCGCUAUGAAAAUGUCCUUUAAGUUUUUCCAAGAAUUUCUUUGAAAGUUUACUUCCUUAUGGCCAAAUUCAAAAAUUUA